CUUCUCUCUCUCUGCUGAUUUCAUGCUGUAUUCUAGUGAUUUUCUGUCUCUACUGACAUCAUGUGGAGCUGAGGAGGUACAGCCACAGCGGCAUCCACACAGACACUGAGGUAGCAUUUAUUACAGCUCAGUGUAGAUAAAACAGCCUAUCUGUUAGCAGAGGUGAAGACAAACGGUUCCACUAUGAAUACUAAUUCAUAAUGUGAUUGAGCAAGGCUAGUAUCUAAAUUUACCUGCCUCAAAUGGAGACCCGUGUGGUUUUGUAGGCUGUGCCCAGCAGAGGUCGUCCUGUGGACUGCUCAGCGCUGACUUUAUCCUGACAAUUAACAGCAGAGACCAAUUUGCUCGGUUGGACCAGGGGGUGGAGGACUUUAAAUAUCCAUCCACUAGCAGCAAUAACGCUCAGUUGGUGACGUCACGUAUCUAUCUGGAGCAGGUGUGAAUAAGGGAGAUUACCGCCAACAGCUAAAUGUCAAACCUCUGGCAAAGUGUGUGCGCCGCCCUGCGCCACACGGUGCUGAUGGGUGGACCGAGCGAACCGUUAGGGCGCAUUUCUUAAUUCCCCUUCAGCGCCGCUUCGCCCCUCCAGCCCUGGACACACGACGAGACCACGGGACCGCUGUGUUUCCCGUUCACCCGCGAGGACUGAUCCAAUGUAUUAUUUACGACCGAAACUUCAGCAACUUAUCCACUGGAUAUGGCUCCUGGUUUGAGGAGUGGGCGGACAGGUCACCCCAAAGUGCUGGGAGCCGGAGGAGCGGACCCCGGUGGGUGCUCGACGCAAAGGACGGAUGCUGGAGGAGACAGGAGGUGUACGAGGACCAGGUGGCGAGCCGGAACAGCGGGGAUGCUUUCAAACUGUCUGCUAUCUGUGGGAAUGCUUUUACUUCUUGUCCGGAGCGCUUUGGCCGCAGAGGAAAACUCCACCUAUGAUGCCUCUGGCUCCUUGUCUCUACCUAGCGACCCCGCAGUCACAGCUGCUCCUGUUCACCCACUGGCCAGCCUGUCGGUGAGGGAGGAGACACCUUUCUCAGUCGUCCAUUCAGAGGGUGACUCAGAGUCUGAGGGGGAAGGUUUGCCAGGGCUGCCUGCCUUUUCCUCUGUCUUAACUGUCAUGGCAGGAACUGUCAAACAUCCAGUGGGCCUUGAUCAAAGUAGAACCUCACCGACUAUUACCAGGGACAAGAGUCGCACCACCCAAUGGCCUUCACACAGUGCCAGCCAGAGCUUGGAGAUGUCUUCCUCGUCAUCCCAUGUGGGAGAUAUGAUCCUCCCUGACAGUUCAGAGGCGGGGACAGAUGAGUUAAAUGCUGGAACAUCCAGAGCAGUUGUGCUCACUUUCCCCAAAGAAAAAGAGGCCAGUCUAACGCCCUCUCAAUCAGUCAGAAUUACGCUUUCUGCUGGGCCCACCGAGAGGACAUCUCAGGUACCACCUCUGCCUCCUCGACAGGAUACCACAGCAGCCUCUGAGACACUUACCACCACAACUGUAGCUUCAACCACCAAAACGAAAAACCAGACAACUACCAUGCCUUCCCUUCCUGUAUCCACACAGUCUACCACCACCACUAGCACACCACAGCUCACACCUGUGACCAGGAGAACAACUACCACCACAUCCAUCAGGACGCCAACCAGCAGGAGGACAUUCACUCUGCCUGUCCCGAGAACAAGCCCUCCCAAGGGCACCGCCCCCAUCUUCAUCUCCCCUUUCUCUACCACCACAGAGGCUCUGCCACAGCAGUGCAACAUCACAGAGAGAAUGUGGGUGAAAACAGUUGUUUCCAUCUAUGUGAGAAGAAACAGGCUGGACAGCAUCCAGAGGCAGAACCUGCGAAGGGGACUUAGUCAGGGCCUCCGAAAAGCCCUGAAUGACACCUCUGCCCAGGCACAGGUGGAGACUGUAUUUGGCUCUCCCAACAUGACGGUGGCUUAUCAUGUGACUGGAGGGGACAGGGUUUACCCCCCCUCUGUGGUGUUGGAAGGCUUGGACUCCUAUGGCCGUGAUAAGCUGAUUGCAGACCUGCGGCAGUACCUCCCCAUGGUAACAGCCCUGCCCCUUCCAGCUGCAUUAUGGAGACCCAGCCCAGCCACUGGAUUCCAACUGAAAACAGUGCUGCAGUUUGUGGGGGCAAGUGAUGAUCCUCUGUCCUGUCGAUUCUCUCAAAUGAUGGAACAGAGGCUAGAGAAGGUGUUCUCUGAAGCACAGGCCAAAGCGCUCAGCACUAGCAGUAGGCUUUCUGUUCAGAUGUGGAGUAUCUCCCAGGCACCAGGCUCUCCCAGUGUGUCAUUGGUCUACACUGUGAGGAAUGGCACUGUCUUUCUUAAUGGCACCACUGCCUCAAAUCUCCUUGGUCAGCUGUCAGCUGAGCUGGUGGGCUACUUCCUCUUCUAUCCACCACUUAUCAUUGCUGAGCCUCUGGAGUAUCACAAUCUGAACACCUCCAUUGCAACCAGAGAUUUCUGGGUUAUUACAGUCAUCCAGGAUGUGGAUAACGCCAGCCUGGAAGGACAGUACCAAAGCUUUGCUAGUCUAAUGGAGCAGCGGUUGGCAGAGCUGUUUGUGUUGGCAGGCCAGCAGGGCACCCGUUUUAGACGAGCCACUACUGUAGGCAGCUACACUGUCCAGAUGGUGAGUAUCCAUAGGGUGUCAGGGCUGAAGAACCCAGCAGAGAUGACAUACUACACCCAGCACAAUGGCAUUCCUUUAUCAGGCACAUCAGCUGCCAAGGUCCUGAACACAGUGGAUUCUCAGACCAUGGCGCUCACCCUGGGCUACUUUGUCCAGCUGCAAGCAGAACCUGUGGUCAAGAACCCUCCUAAUAACCUUUGGAUAAUCGCUGCAGUGUUGGCCCCUAUUGCUGUAGUAACACUCAUUAUAAUCAUCAUCACAGCUGUACUGUGCAGGAAGAAUAAAAACGACUUUAAAGCUGAUGCCAUCAGCAAUCUCAAUCCCCGAGCUAAGAUGGCGUAUCGGAGAGAUGUGGGCUUUUAUCACCAGCCAGUCCAGGGUUUUGACUAUGCUAAGCAGCACCUGGGCCAACAGUGCGGAGAUGAGGAGACCCUGCCUGCCAGUCAGGAUACCUUAAUGAUGUCCCUACAAAUUCGGGACCCUCCACUUUCACUAGAAAAAGCCCUGCAGCAAGAUGGAACUGCCAACAAGAAAAUCUGCACCACUGACAAACAUAAAAGCACAUCGCCGAGUGGAGAUGGUUCCGUCAUCAGCAACGAAUCAGAGAAGCUGAAUUCCAGCAGGGGCUUGACAGUGCCGAAAGUCACAGCACAGCAGAAACUGACAAAGGAGGCAACGCGCAAGAGGGAUGAUCCAUAUGACACCUCCACUGGCUCCCUGCAGCUCAUUUCCAUAAAGCCCAUGGCAGCUCAGCCCGACUACUCACACCCUGCGUCAUCUGACCGUAGCCAGGAUUCAGCCAUUGUCAAUGGAGAGGUGAACUUGGCUCUGAAGCAGAAGUCAGACAUCGAGCACUACAGAAACAAGCUGAGGCUGAAGGCUAAGAGGAAGGGCUAUUAUGACUUCCCCUCUGCCAAUGGCAGCAGCAGCGGUCCAGCCCUAGCGCAGAGACAGCGGCACUGCCAUGAGAGGGCAGCCGGUGAGCAUGGCAGACCACUGGAGCCUGAUGAUGAGCGAGGUUCCACUUAUGUCAAGUCUCACAGGAGGCACUCCCAGGUGGGGCAGGUGGCCUAUCGAAGCAGGCAGAGUCUGAGCAGUCCCAGUCCUGGAGGAACCGAGAUGGACCUGCUUGUUAUGAGGGAGAGACCCAGGAAAGGGAUCCGCAACAAUGGCUAUGACACUGAGCCUGAGUUGAUUGAGGAGACGAAUGUUGACCGUCUAAUGGGGCCGCGGGGGUUAACAUAUGGCUGGGGUUUGAAAGGCCACUCAGAGACGUCCACUCUGAGCUCACAGCCGUCCAUUGACGAAGUGCGACAGCAGAUGCACUUGCUGCUGGAGGAGGCAUUCAGCUUGGCUUCAGGGGGGCAGUCCACAUCCGGAAGGCACUCCCAUCACCACCACCAACCCCCCUCUGACCAUUACAACCCUGCACCGCCUCCCCUCCCUUAUGCUGAUGUGGUGACCAGUGCUUCUGGCACAAUGAGCAGUGGACAGGGAGGCCUGCAGUGGGUACCAUCUUAUGGUACAGACAUGUAUCAGUGCAGUCUGCCUAAACCAGCCUUUCGCUUCACCCAGCUUCCUGAGAUGGCCUUUGGUUCUCCACCCCCUUUACCACCUCGCACUGGACCUCCUGCUGGGACCUCCUUAAAACGUUCCAUGUCUGACUUGGGGAUUAAGGGAAGGAACUCAAAGACAUCAGUCAAUGAAAUGGAGAGUCAACAUGACAACAACCCAUAUGGCCUAACCACUAGAGCAGCACUUCCAUCGAUCACUGCAGAGCAGCCUGUGUCCAACUACUCAGGAAACCCAAUUACAGCCGUCUACGCCAUCCCAGCCACUAGGCCUAGUGGCUACUUGGAAUACUUUGUCUCCACACCACCCACUUCCUACCACAGUCCCUCUUGGAUGUCCUAUCCACCUGAACCUGAGGAUGUUCCACCACAGUGGGCAGACUCCGUGCCCCUCCCUGGAUAUGUAGAGGCUUUUCCUCAUCCUCGCUACCCACAGGGGAGCCCCACCAGGCCGUCCCUGGAGUUUAACCAGGCACCAGAGCAGCCGGCCAUUGCCCCUAGGACAGCAUCCCAGCAAAGCCUGCCCCAGGUGGUGAAGGACAUGGACAGUAUGCCCCUGAGCAGCCUCUCCACCUCUGCGCUUGUGCAGGCUAUCCGACAGGAGGUGGCCAAGCUGGCAAAGAAGCAGAAUGACAUAUUUGAGUUUUAACUCUUCCCACUUGUGUGCAGGAGAUGGUUAAGUGUUUAUUGGUGUUCAACAAAGACACACAAAGGCAGUUCUCCUUUAGACUGAUUUUUGAUGUUUGUACUAUAAAAUGGACUGAUCUUCUUUAUCCACCGAUUUCUUUUCACAUACUACUGGUGUUUUUCAGCUCCUGACUUAAGGGAACAGAGAAGAUGAUGUUUUUUUAGAAUAUAAAAACCUCAUCCUCUAUUGAUGAUGUCGUAAGUAACUACAUACAUCUCUUCUUUGUAGAUAUGUUAAUAGGAUACGCUAAAUAUGGAAAAUAUACGUUUUUCCUGGAUUACAUAUUUUUUGUGAAUCGGCAUCAGAAGAAGAGAGGAAAAAGUAACAUUGUUGUCUGUACUGAGAGGACCAAAUAUUUCCUGUCAGAUGGUUAAGUAUAAACCAUAGUGUAUAUCAGCAUGUACUGUACAGUAUAAGGACAUCAUGUAUCUUAUCUCCUUUUUACAGACCAUUAGCUUCAACAAGAUUGGCAGCAUCUGUAUCACUUCAUUACAGCAUCCAUAUCAUAUCAUCAAACUACUAAAUCAUUGUUAAAAUUCUUCAGUGUAUUGUCAUCAUCAUGCCAUAACAAUAACAAAUGGUGACCGUCUUUGGUGGGCUAAUCAUUUUUUAUAGAUUUUAACUGUAGUUUCCAUUAAUUAGCAACUUGAUAAAAUAUAGUAUGUUUUAUGUAUCUUUUUGUUGAACCCGACUGAACACAAACUUUAAGCAGCAUUUAUAAUAAUCUGACAUAUAAAUGGAAAUGUUUCCCUUCAUGUAUCAAAAAUAUAGAGAGAAACAUUUAUUCUUGCAGUAUUUGUUAGGAUGUGGUUUGGAUUGACACUGAUAGACAUUUCCUUUGAACAGUAAUGGAUGGUUAUUAUAGUAUUUUGCUGCUACUUAAUACUUAAAACAUGACUUACAGUAAUUAUAUGUUUCUUUUUUGAAGAAAACAAAAAAUGGAAAAUUAAUUCAUGUUUACAGCUUAUUAGACAUGAAAGAGUAGCAGUUUUAUACUGAGCCCUGUGUGUUUUAAUGCACAUUCAACCCUAAAGUCUUUGUUACAAAAUCCUCUUUGCUGCUGGUAGUGGGGUCAGGGUUUAUUAUAGGGUUACAUUAUAAAUUAUAGGUUUAUUGUUUGUUUACUGGGCCAUAGGUGGUCUUAAUGAUCUUAACUGGUGCACUUUAUCAACAAGUUACAAAGUUCAUGUGGGCAUUUGGGCUAACAAUUCUGAAUUCUGUAUAUGGUUCAGCUCUACUUAUUACCAUAAUUAUUCAGCUUCAAAGAAAGAAAUCAGUUGUCAGCCACAUUAAAUAUCAUGACAGAGUGACAGUAAAAUCUUCCACAUACACGUCACAUAAAAAUAUUCUAAAACGAAUCACAAUUGUCAUCGUAUAAAUAGAACUAGAGCUAGAAUAAACAGGAGGCAGAGACAUUGCAGCACAUAAAUCAUAGCAAAGAAUCAGGACCCAGAAAUCAGACCCGAUGUCAAGUACAAAGUAAAAGUGCUGUGCAGAAAUGAAAUAUGCCUACAGUACCUUUUUUUUUUUUUUUUUUUUUUAACAAGGCUACCAUACCAGGGUGGUGCACAACAGUAAAUCUUCUAUAAAGCAAAAGACAAAAAUCACUGCACACAUGAAAGGAAUGCAUCUUUUUUUAAUACUCAUACAGCACUCACUUUCACUGUAGCACAAAAGACUUCAAUAGAUAAUGAUGAGCUCUCAUUGCAAAAUUUGGGCUUGUUAAUGAAAAGUGGGAUGAAUGCAUGUAGGCCUAUAGCAGGAGUGCUGCAAUAUGUUUGCAUAAACAGUGAGAUGCGAUAGAUUUCCUACUUUUGCUUAUUAUUGAAAAUCAUGUGAAAUGGUUUGCUGGUUAUUCUAAUGCUGCCAUAGGAAAACUGUGUUGUGACAGAUCUGCCAUAAAAAAGACAACUAUGAGUGGAAAUGCCUGUAAAUCUGUAUUUCCCUUUGUAUAGCAGCAUUGCUAUUACAGCAGUCCUGGAUAAAUUUAGCCUUUUUUGCAUUGUGACAUUUGAACAGACCCUCUUGUUCUUUAAAGAACUGUUCUUUUAUACUUAUGCCUGUUGGUGUGUAAGUAUGUAUAAGGGGAUACUGUAUGUCUUAAAUUCAACAAGAACUUGCUUGUUUCCCCAAGAUUCCUUUUACUUGUGUGCCAGAGGGGCAUGUAAUGUCUUAACAACUAUACUAAAUACAGUGAAACCAUUUUCCAGAAGGGAACACCUUUUCAUGUUCUCAUGCUGGAUAACUGAGAAAACUUAGUGAUAUUAAAUUAAAGGGUUUUAAGUGGUUUGUUGGUUAAGAACAAAAGAUGAAUAAUUAUUCUAUAAAAUGAAAUAUGAAGUGUAUGUCUUUUUGUCUUCCUGACAAGUUUCCACACAUUUCCUUUUCAUCUGCUUGGUCUUGUUAUGUUUGAGAUUGAUCUGACACAGAGACCUUGAGACAGAUGGAGAAUGAAUGAAAUAUUAGCCUUCAUGAAUAAAAUUAAAUAAAAGAUUUAAUUUGAAGUACAUAGUAAAUCUAUUUUCAUUACC